CUCGCGAAAGUCGGUCAGGGGACGUUCAGCCGCGUGUACAAGGCGUCGGACUUGAACGAGGGCGGGGAGCCGUGCGCGCUGAAGGAGAUUCGGUUGGAGCGCGCGGACAAGGACACGCUCUCGUUGGUGGCGCGAGAGAUAAUGAUGCUGCGAAAACUGGGCGACCACGACAACGUCGUGAAUCUGCGCGCGAUCGCGGUGGACUCGAACGACGCCGCGGCGAUAUAUCUCGUGUUUGAGUACCUCCCGCACGACCUCGCCGGGUUGAUGUCCUCGCGCGCGUCGAGGAUGCGAGAGAAGAAGAAAGGAGGCGGCGGCGGCGGCGGCGACGACGACGACGACGGCGGCGACGUCGCCGCGGGUCGCGUGUUGUCCCCAGGGGAGGUCAAACACGUCGCGAAGCAGCUCCUGAAAGCGCUCGCGCACUGCCACGCCGCGGGCGGGAUGCACCGCGACGUGAAGUGCAGCAACCUGCUCGUGGACGACACCGGAGACGUCAAGCUCGCGGAUUUUGGCCUAUCCCGCACGCCGAGAGACGCGGAACCGCUGACGAACCACGUCGUGACGCUGUGGUACCGUCCCCCGGAGCUGCUGCUCGGCGCGAGGCGAUACGACAGCAAGGUGGACGUGUGGUCCGCCGGGUGCGUCCUCGCGGAGCUGCUGUGGGGCGAGCCGAUAUUACCCGGUCGCACGGAGGUGGAACAGCUGCACUUGAUCUUCAAGCUCGUCGGCAGCGAGGGAAGCGCGCGGCUCGCGGAGAAGUGCAAGGGGUUCGCGCCGACGUCCAAGGUGAAGGAGUACCCGCGCGCGCUCGAGGAUCGGUUCGGCGUGCUGACGGAGCGGUUCGACGCGAACGCGCUGGAUCUCGUCUCGAGGCUGCUGUCUUUGGACCCGGACGACCGACCGACCGCGGCGGAGGCGGCGCGGCACCCGUACUUC